ACCAAUUGUGCCACUUUGCGGUGCUGUAUGUCUCUGGGAACAUCACAGACCAUGACACUCUUGCUGGGGAUGACUGCCUCCUUCCCCAUAGUGGGGAUGACAUGGACCACUUCUUUCCACCCGUGGCAGGGAACAAGCACUUGCCAUCGAACUAUUACUCCAUCCAUCUGAUGGGAUAUCCAUUCUUUCUACUCAUAAUCAACCGAUGUUUAUCCAUUGAUUCUAUCAAUAUUCGUUCUUUCGGCACCGGUAAAUCGGACGGCCAUCUAACACACAAAUUCUCCCUUUUAUCUCAGACGCUUAGUAUUACAGGAUAUUUCAGUCUAUUUCCUUUCCUUCUCUCAAUCCCGUCCUUUGCUCUUUUUGGAACAUUGUUAUCUCGAGGAAGAAGUCUUGCUCAUCAUGGGUUCCAUGCCUCUCAAGACAACUAUCGACGUCGAAGAUGUUCUCUCCCAACUCUCCAUCAGCGAAAAAGUUGCCCUCUUGUCCGGCAUUGACUUUUGGCACACUGCCCCUGUUCACAGACUAGGUGUUCCCUCGGUACGAUUGUCUGACGGACCCAAUGGUGUCCGAGGCACUCGCUUUUUCAACGGAGUUCCUGCCGCGUGUCUUCCUUGUGGAACCGGUCUUGCCGCAACAUGGGACACAGAUCUCAUCAAGAAUGGAGGCAGAUUGCAAGGUCACGAAGCCAUUGCCAAGGGCGCUGCUGUCAUCCUCGGACCAACCACCAAUAUGCAGAGGUCUCCUCUUGGUGGCCGAGGGUUCGAAAGCUUCAGCGAGGAUCCAUACCUUGCAGGUGCCAUGAGUGCGGCUACGAUCAAUGGUAUCCAAUCAACAGGGGUCGCCGCCACGAUCAAGCACUACGUUUGCAACGACCAAGAAGACCAGAGACAAGCCGUGGACAGCAUUCUGACAGAACGAGCUCUUCGGGAAAUUUAUCUGAUGCCCUUCAUGAUUGCACAGCGAGACUCAUCGCCAGAUUGUUACAUGACUGCGUACAAUCGAGUAAAUGGUGUUCAUGUCAGCGAAAAUCCUCGACUCAUUCAAGACAUUCUAAGACGCGAAUGGGGAUUUGAUGGCUUGGUCAUGAGUGAUUGGUUCGGCACAUACUCGACGACAGAGUCCAUUUUGGCGGGCCUAGACCUCGAAAUGCCAGGUCCUACAUACAUCCGUGGACAACUUGUUAACCAAGCAAUUGGUUGUGGCAAGCUUCAGGAGUACGAUAUCGACCAGAGAGUACGUGAGGUGCUCAAGCUCGUCAAGAGGGCUCAGUCACUUGGUUUGCCAGAAAACGCCCCUGAGAAAACUGUCGACACACCCGAGACUUCUGCACUGCUUCGGAAAAUCUCUUCUAAUGGCAUUGUCCUCAUGAAGAACGAACGCAGUCUUCUGCCCUUUGACAAGAAGAAGACCACAGCAAUUAUCGGACCAAACGCUGCGUAUGCCGCUUACUGUGGUGGCGGCUCAGCUUCGCUUCUACCAUACUACGCGGUGAGCCCACUUGAUGGACUCCAAGCUCAAGCAUCAGACACCAAGUACGCUUUGGGAGCACCAGGCUGGAAAUCUCUCCCGCUCAUGACUCGUUCCACCAAAACAAAAGGGGACAAAGCCGGAUUGACCAUGAAAGUAUUCCUGGACCCACCUUCUGUCAAGGACCGUAAAGCCGUUGAUGAGAUACACGUCGCCAACUCCGAUAUCUUACUCAUGGACUACAAGAACCCUGCGGUCAAGUCUACCCUUUACUGGGUCUCACUGGACGGCACCUUUACUCCUUCAGAAACCUCCGACUAUGAACUUAGUCUGGCGGUCGCUGGAACCGGCAAGAUCUACGUCAACGGGAACUGCGUGGUGGACAACGAGACCAAACAAAGACCAGGAAACUCCUUCUUCGGCGCUGGAACAGCAGAGGAGAUCGGUACACUGAAAAUGAACCAAGGGGAAACAUACAACGUCCGCGUUGAAUUCGGCACAUACCCUACCAUGACGUUUCAUACCAAAGGAGCUACUGGCUUUGGUGCUGGAGGUUUGAGAGUUGGACUUGAGCGUAAAGUCGAGGUCGAGACCGAAAUCGAGAGAGCCGUAAGACUCGCCCAACAGGCAGACCAGGUCGUUCUUUGCGCUGGUCUCAACAAAGACUGGGAGUCGGAAGGAUACGAUCGGGAACACAUGGAUCUGCCCCCGGGUAGCGACGAUCUCAUCAAGGCCGUCCUUGCCGUCAACCCAAAUACAGCCGUCGUGAUUCAGUCAGGAACCCCUGUCGCCAUGCCAUGGCUGAAAGAUGCACCUGCAGUGCUUCAAGCUUGGUACGGUGGUAAUGAGACCGGAAAUGCAAUUGCAGAUGUCGUCUUUGGCAACACCAACCCCAGUGGUAAGUUGCCUCUAAGUUUCCCGAUCAGGAACGAAGACAACCCGGCAUUCUUGAACUACAAGUCUGAGCGACAGAGGGCCAUCUAUGGUGAAGAUGUUUACAUCGGCUACCGAUUCUACGAAAAGACCCAGAAAGAGGUUGCAUUCCCCUUUGGACAUGGCCUCAGUUACACCACAUUCGAUAUCAAAGACCUUUCCGUCGACGAUGACGAAGCUAAUAUCGUGGUCACGGCCACGGUGACCAAUACUGGAAAGGUUGACGGCGCGCAGGUUGUUCAGGCUUACGUCUCGCAACAAAAUCCAAGCAUUAACCGCCCUCCAAAGGAACUCAAGGGCUUCACAAAGGUGUUUUUCAAGGCCGGAGCUACGGAAAAGGUCAAGAUCUCAUUCUCCAAGAAAUAUGCUGCAAGUUUCUGGGAUGAAGGACGAGAUUCUUGGAUUAUGGAAAAGGAUGUGUACGAUGUCCUGGUGGGCGAUUCCAGUGCUUCUACUCCCCUGAAAGGACAGUUCAAGGUUGAUCAAACGAAAUGGUGGAGAGGUCUAUGAAGCGAGUGCUGAAGUGGAAGGACGGGCGGACAUCUGAAUCGUCUUGGAUAAAAUUUGGUUGUAGCCUUACUGGAUUGUCAGACAGCGGUUGUGCUGAUAGACCUGCCCAAAAAAAAGAUAGAAACUCGGUAAGAUUUCGACACGAUAUGUAGCAUGUAUACAUGAUUGAAU